AUGUCUGCUCCCUGUAACGAGUCGCGCUGGUCUCAGAAGUGGCAGUCGUCGCGGCCGCUGCGCAGGGCCAGCCUGUCGCUGGGCUCGGGCUUCUGGCACGCCACGGGCCGCCACUCCAGCCGCCGCCUCCUGAGGGCCAUCCCCCGACACGUGGCCCAGAUCCUGCAGGCCGACGUGCUCUGGCAGAUGGGCCAUACCGGCUCUGGUGUGAAGGUGGCCGUGUUCGACACGGGACUGAGUGAGAAGCACCCGCACUUCAAGAACGUGAAAGAGAGAACCAACUGGACCAACGAGAAGACUCUGGACGACGGGCUGGGCCACGGGACCUUCGUGGCGGGGGUCAUCGCCAGCAUGAGGGAGUGCCACGGCUUCGCCCCCGAUUCGGAGCUGCACAUCUUCAGAGUGUUCACCAACAACCAGGUGUCUUAUACUUCCUGGUUUCUGGACGCCUUCAACUACGCGAUCCUGAAGAAGAUGGACGUGCUGAACCUCAGCAUCGGCGGGCCCGACUUCAUGGACCAUCCGUUCGUGGACAAGGUGUGGGAGCUGACUGCCAACAAAGUCAUCAUGGUCUCCGCUAUCGGAAACGACGGGCCGCUAUACGGAACCCUGAAUAACCCGGCCGAUCAGAUGGACGUGAUCGGGGUCGGUGGGAUUGAUUUCGAGGACAACAUCGCCAGGUUCUCAUCCCGGGGAAUGACCACAUGGGAGUUGCCGGGGGGAUAUGGGCGGGUGAAGCCGGACAUCGUGACGUACGGCUCGGGCGUCCGCGGCUCCGGGAUGAAGGAGGGCUGCCGCUCGUUGUCGGGCACCAGCGUGGCCUCGCCGGUGGUUGCCGGGGCGGUCACCUUGCUGGCCAGGUGAGCCGCAGACACCUGC